UUUUUAGAAAUGGGCCCAAUCAGUUCUUUUGUCUCGGAUCCAAGCAAUCUUACGCAGAUAGCCGAAGGAAAGACAAAAGCGAUUUUUGGGAUUAAAGGACAUGAGGACUAUGUUCUCAUCCGAUCAAAAGAUCAGCUCACCGCAUUCAAUGCCGCUCGCAAAGAUCAGCUGACGGGAAAAGCUGUCAUCGCAAACAAGACAACUAUAAAUGUGUUCAAAUAUUUGCAAAAUAUAGGCAUGGAAACGCACUUUGUGGAAGAAGCUAGUGAAACCGACUUCAUAGCGAAAAAAUGUGAGAUGAUACCGAUCGAAUGGGUAGCUCGACGAGUGGCAACAGGGUCGUUCCUGAAACGAAACCCUGGAGUUCCACAAGGAUAUCGCUUUGCAGAACCAAAAAUCGAAACUUUUUUUAAGGAUGACGCUAACGAUGACCCACAAUACUCCGAUGAGCAGAUUGAGUGUGCAAAUUUCAAGUUCAGAGGCGUAAAGAUAGGGAAAAUGGAGAUCUCUUUAAUGAAACGUAUGACCUCUGCAAUCUUCCGCACAUUGGAGAAGGCCUGGAAUAAAGCUGAUUGUGCCUUGAUUGACAUGAAGGUGGAAUAUGGAGUCACCGAUCAUGGCAGUAUUGUGCUUGCUGAUGUGAUCGACAAUGAUUCGUGGCGAGUUUGGCCCCAUGGGGACAAACGUCUUCAGCUAGACAAGCAAUUUUAUAGAGAGAUGAAAGAAGUGACCUCAGAAGCGUUGCAACAGCUUAUUUCAAAUUACGAGAAGGUGAUGGAUUUGACGAGCAAGUUCUCAGCGGAUCGCUUUUGUCGGGCUUUGAUCUUGAUGGGAUCGCCCUCCGAUAUGUCACAUUGUGAGAAAAUUGCAACCGGCUGCAAAGCGCUCGGAAUCAUUCCGAUUUUACGCAUCAGUUCUGCUCACAAGACUACCCGGGAAACCCUAAGUAUCCUGAGCGAGUACGAAGACACAGAAAUACCUACGGUAAUCAUAGCAGUAGCGGGACGAUCAAAUGGUCUAGGACCGGUUUUGGCUGGGAACACCAGUCUCCCAGUCAUUAAUUGUCCACCAGUGACGGAAAACAACAUUCAAUUGGAUCUGUGGUCCUCACUAAGAAUGCCCACAGGAAUCGGUUGCACUACAGUUUUUGGCGCUGGAGAGGCAGCUUUGGCAGCUGCAAAGAUCCUGGCUUCACAUGACUACAUGAUUUACGGAAAAAUUCUCUGCCAACAACUUAGUAACUUCGGCAAAAUUUUGAUCACAGAACAAAUCAUGCAGAGAGAAAGGGAAAUAUGUGGAGAGAAACGCCAAAAUGGAUUUCAUUGA